GCAGCACUGGUGGGUGGGCACAGGUGGGUGGCACUGGUGGGCACAGGUGGGUGGCACUGGUGGGCACAGGUGGGUGGCACUGGUGGGCACAGGUGGGUGGGCACAGGUGGGUGGCACUGCUGGGCACAUGUAGGUGGCACUGCAGAGUGGCACAGGUGGGUGCACUGCUGGGCACAGGUGGGGGCACUGCUGGGCACAGGUGGGGGCACUGCUGGGAACGGGUGGGCGGGGCUAGUGGGCGCACUGCUGGGCGGAACUUGCGGGUGUCACUGCUGGGCACCGAUCAUCAGGGCACUG